AUGGAAAACAGCACUGUCAUUAAAGUCAGCCUUCGCAGAGCUUAUCCAGCUUUUGUUGCUCAUGCAAAAGAAAUUCUCAAAGAACAUGGUCAUGUAGAGCUUCAAGGCCUUGGCGAUGCCAGCGCUAAUACAGUGAGGGCUGCAGAAAUGCUUUGUUCACUUGGUUAUGCUGACUUAGAAAAAUUCGAGACACUUUCAGUCACCGAGCCAGACCGCAAAAAUAUUGACAGACGCAGGAACAAAGUAGUCAUUGUUUUAACUCGUUCUGCUGGAUUCGAUAAAGCUUAUAAUGAGUUCGCUAAUUCUAAGGAGACUCCUAAAUAA